GAUUGCACUGAGCCGGUCGGGAAAAACAAACCGAAGAUAUGUGGCUGUCGCUUAUCUUUAUUGCCUGUCUAGCCGGCGCAAGCAGUGGAUCUGUGGGUGGCGAUGAUCCGGUGGUGAAGAUCCCGGUGGAGCAGGGAUUUGUGCCCCGCUAUACUCCGAUGGCCGAGGGCAAGCGACAGGACUUGGACUUACCCGCUGAAGUAGUAAGUGUCGAGCAGCAAAAGAGACCUCAUGCUGGCGAUAAGAAGCCCUGGCGACGAGUGCAGUACGGCUACGAUGGAGUGCAUACGGCUGCCUGGGCUGCUCCCUCACCUCCAGCAGCCAUUCUGUCCAUUCUGAAUCCCCUGCUCGCACCCGGACUGCUCCUUUUGGGUGUCAAUUUGGGAGCUCUGCUCUACAUGCUGCUGGGACUACUGGGACUCGCACCUUAUCGCAGUGGCAGCACCAGUCGGAUAGCCUCGCACCCGGAAGCCAAUUCUCAGUUAUGGCCUGACGAUCAAAGCUUCUACCGCCGAGACAGACACAAUGUGGGUGAGGGCAAGGAAACGGCUGUAUAUUUUUAGGUUAGCGCGUAACGCAAGGAU